AUGGCCACUGAGCACCUAUCCCCUCAUGUGCUCCAAGCCGUCGAGGUCUAUACCAAAGGUACUCGAGCAUGGUUCGAGGAUGACCGAGAUGGUUGGGUCUCUGCCUCUGUUGUCUCCAACCAAGUAGAUUCCACCAAAGUUAAGAUCGUCUUUGAGAAUGACGAAGAUUCCAGAAGAGUACGUUUGUUUGUUUUUUCUUUGUUUGAGAAAACCAACGGUACCACACUUCCACCUUUAAGAAAUCCUCCAAAGAUGGAAAAUACCGAUGAUUUGACCAACCUAAGUUAUCUCAACGAACCUUCUGUUCUUAAUACUAUCCAAACUCGUUAUUCCCAGCGAAACAUCUACACUUAUUCUGGUAUCGUUUUGAUUGCUGCAAAUCCAUUUGCACGCGUCCAGUUAUACGAACCAGAUAUUAUCCAGCAAUACUCCGGAAAGAGAAGAGGUGAACUAGAACCACAUUUGUUUGCCAUUGCUGAAGAUGCCUAUCGCUGUAUGAUCCGUGAAAAGAAGAACCAGACAAUCGUUGUUUCCGGAGAGAGUGCAAAAUUCAUUAUGAGAUAUUUUGCCACUGCAGACGAUAAGGAAGCCAAAGGAAAGGCUUCCAAGGAAGGAGCGGCCAGUAUGACUGAAGUUGAAGAACAGAUUCUAGCUACCAACCCUAUCAUGGAGGCAUUCGGUAACGCAAAGACCACUCGAAAUGAUAACAGUUCCCGCUUUGGUAAAUACAUUGAGAUUCAAUUCGAUAAAGACACGAAUAUUGUCGGUGCAAAGACUCGCACCUACCUUCUUGAACGCUCUCGUCUUAUCUACCAGCCCGAGAUUGAACGUAACUACCAUAUCUUUUACCAGCUCUGUGCAGGUGUACCUCCAACAGAGCGCAAGGAAUUCGAGCUUAAAGACUGGACCAAGUUCCACUACCUCAACCAGAGUGGCACCGGAACUAUUCCAAAUGUAGACGACGUUGAAGAAUUCGAACUCACCAAACGAUCACUUUCAAUGGUCGGUAUAUCCUUACAGACACAAUGGCAGAUCUUUAAACUCUUGGCUGGUCUCUUGCAUCUCGGUAACGUUGAGAUCGGAGGUCGUGGUGAUGCCACACUGGCAGAAGAUGAUGCCUCGCUUGAGAUAGCAACCCGCCUUUUGGGCAUCAAGAAGACAUCAGAGUUCCGCAAAUGGUUGCUUAAACGCCAAAUCAUUACCCGCAGUGACAAGAUUGUCAAAAGUCUCAGUCCUGCCCAAGGAACUGUCGUCAAGGAUUCUGUCGCAAAAUACAUCUAUGCUAGUUUGUUCGAUUGGCUUGUGGUUGUAGUCAAUUCUAGUCUGUCGUGCCAAACACCAGGACUGGUCACUGCAUUUAUUGGUGUAUUGGAUAUUUAUGGAUUCGAACAUUUCAAGAAGAAUUCAUUCGAACAGUUCUGUAUUAACUAUGCCAACGAAAAGUUGCAGCAGCAGUUUAACCAACAUGUAUUCAAACUCGACCAAGAGGAAUACGUUCGAGAGAAGAUCGAAUGGAAGUUUAUUGAUUUCAGUGAUAAUCAAAAGUGUAUUGAGAUGAUUGAAGCCAAGAUGGGUAUUCUUUCUCUCCUUGAUGAAGAAUCUCGUCUUCCUUCUGGUACAGAUCAGGGUUUCUGUGACAAGUUGUAUGCCAACUUUUCCACACCUGCAUACAAAGGUUAUUUCCUCAAGCCUCGUUUCUCAAACAGUGCAUUUACUGUUUGCCAUUAUGCUCACGACGUUCAGUACGAAGCCGAAGGAUUUAUUGACAAGAACAAGGAUACUGUUCCCGAUGAAAUUCUUACACUCUUGCAGAAUUCUGAAUCAGAGUUCUUGGUAGACAUGUUGCGUACUGCAACUGAUGCAGCUACUGCUACGCCUACUGAGACCGUCAAGAAGAUGACAACUCCAAAGAAGCCUACACUUGGUUCUAUUUUCAAGCUUUCGUUAAUUAACCUAAUGGACACGAUUGGAGAAACAAAUGUACAUUAUAUUCGAUGCCUGAAACCCAACGAAGCAAAGGUUGCUUGGGGCUUUGAGCCCAACAUGGUACUUGGACAGCUACGUGCUUGUGGUGUACUCGAAACAAUUCGUAUCAGUUGUGCGGGAUAUCCAUCUCGAUGGGAGUUCCCUGAUUUUGCAGACCGCUACUAUGCAUUGAUCAAUUCCAAGUACUGGGAUCCCAAUACUCAUACCAACAUUGAUUUCCGUGAGCUGUGUAAUGUCAUUCUCACCACCUAUAUCCAAGAUCCUGACAAGUACCAGAUCGGUCUUACGAAGAUCUUCUUCCGAGCUGGUCAGCUGGCUUACAUGGAAAAACUGCGUGCUGAUAGAUGGAACGAAUGCGCAGUCCUGUUACAAAAGAAUAUGCGUCGAUUCGUAGUUAGAUUGAGAUACUUGCGUAUGAAGGACAUCACAUUGAUGAUCCAACGGGUCGCACGUAAAAAGGUUGCUCAGGCUGUAUUGGCACACAAGCGUCAAGAGAAGACUAUGAUUAUGAUCCAAUCCCAAUGUCGUGCGUUCAUGGCACGCAAGAAGAUGGCUCGCCAACAAAACUUUGUAGUCCGUGUCCAGACAGCUAUUCGUAGUCGAUUGGCUCGCAAGGCAUUUGCAGGCUUUAGAGAAAACAAUGCGGCUACUCAGAUCCAGUCUCUCUUUAGAGGAUGGGCUGCACGUAAGAAAUACUUGGCUCAAAGAAAUCACAUUGUGUGUGUCCAGACACAGAUUCGUCGUCGCCAGGCUCGCAAGCAACUUGCAAUCUACCGCUCUGAAGCCCGUUCUGCAAGUCACUUGAAAGAAGUGUCCUACAAACUUGAAAACAAGGUAGUAGAGUUGACUCAGACAUUAACCCAGCAACGCGAAGAAAAGAACCAGAUCCAAUCCAAGGCUACACAGCUCGAGACCCAGAUCCAGUCUUGGAUCCAGAAAUACAACAAACUUGAUAAAAAGGCAAAGGAACUUGAAGCAUCGCUUGCCGAAUCAGCUGCGGUUCAGACAGAACUCACUUCGUGGCAAGAGAAGCACAACUCUCUUCAGUCAGACCACGAAAGUACCCUCGAGAAAAUCAGCAAGCUCGACCAAGAGAUUGCUCGUCUGUCAGCUGAGAAUCUUAAACAAAAAGAGGAGAGCCAGAUCGUAGCUCUUAAGGCCCAAUUGUCUCAGAGCCUCCGACGCCAGCCUACACGCCAACAGUCGAUCAAUGCGUUCUCGCGCACCCUGUCACCUGCACGAAAUGAUCCUUACCGUCGUGGAGUGUCACCUGAAGGAGCCAGUCCGCGCGGAAAAUCCCCCACUGGUUCAUCUAUUGCGUCUUUCCGCCGUAACAGUGUAGGAGAACCACCUGCUCGCCCAGAAACACAUGCCUCCAAGGUGGUUUACAAUGAACCCGAGCAAAUGCGGCCCAUGUCAAUCGACCACAUCAAUACUCUCAAGAACAAGAAGAUGCCUAAUGGUAGCAACCCUGACGAAGCCAUUCAUGCUAUCUUUCACGAUCUGGAGACCUUGGAUAAGGAAAUCCAUAUUGGGCUGGUCCAAUCACUCAAAAUUGUUCCUCCCAAUGUUCAGAACCCUCCUUCGCCCGAGGAAGUGCUUUUCCCUGCCCAUAUGAUUGCCAUUUGCGCCACUCAAAUGUGGAGACUUGGUUAUCUAGCAGAAUCGAACUCUAUGCUAUUCUCGGUCAUGUACACCAUCCAGAAAUACUGCGCCAGUUUUACUGGUGAAGAUACCAUUAUUCCCUGCGCUUACUGGCUCUCUAAUGCUCACGAGCUUCUGUCCUUGAUCUGCUCAGCUGAGCAAGAACUCGAGCGUGAGAUGCACUACAACUCUAUACAUGGUCGCCGCGCAGUCGGAUGGCACGAAUUUGAAAAGCUAGUCGAGACUGUCAAAUACGAACUCCAGUGCCUUGAAGACAAUAUCUACCACAACUGGCUCACCGAGCUCAAGAAGAAACUGACCAAGAUGGCCGUUCCUGCCGUGAUUGAGAACCAGUCUCUUCCAGGUUUUAUUGCCAAUGAGUCCAAUCGAUUCUUUGGCAAGAUUCUGUCGAGCAACAACCAGCCCGCUUACUCGAUGGAUGAUUUGCUCAACUUCCUGAACCGGGUCUACCGUACCAUGAAAUGCUAUUAUGUUGAUCCAUAUGUGGUGGCCCAGACAUUGACUGAGUUGCUAAAGUUGAUUGGCGUCACUACCUUUAAUGACCUUGUUAUGCGACGCAACUUUAACUCAUGGAAGAGAGCUAUGCAGAUCCAAUAUAAUAUCACUCGGCUGGAAGAGUGGUGCAAGGCUCAUGAGGUUCCUGAUGCCACUGCACAGCUUGAACAUUUGAUGCAAGCUGCCAAAUUAUUGCAGUUGAAAAAGGCAACUCUGGAAGAUGUCAAGAUCAUCUAUGAUGUGUGUUGGUUAUUGGCUCCUACUCAGAUCCAAAAACUUAUCCAAAACUACAGUGUGGCUGAUUACGAAGAUCCUAUCAGCAACGAUAUUCUGCGUGUAGUGGCAUCGCGGGUGAGCAAUGGAGAUUCCAACGACAUCCUGUUGUUGGAUAAUGUCUCUUUGGAUGAUAGUCCAUAUUCUAUGCCAGAAAACCACGUGGUCGAAGCAAAACUCUAUCUACCUGCCUAUCUCAACCUGCGACAACUUCAGCGCCUCACAUCUUUGGUGGCCAUUGUCAAACAGAACCCAUCACGUCAAGAAUCCCUUUAAUAAACAUCGAAAAUAUCCGAAUAAGGGAAAGACGUUCUUCUUCUUUUUCUAUUUCCCCCCCUCCUUUCUACCCUCUACAACUUCUUUAUCUCUUUAUCUCUUACUCUCUCGCUUCUUCGUUCUCUCUUUUCCUUUUCUGUCUUGUUAUCCCAUUUUAUUAAAUAUAUAAAUCUUUCUAUAUGUAC